CUGCCAAGAUUGGAGAAGACAUACUGCCUUCCCUUUCUCGAGAGGAAAUCAAGGAUCUGUUUCCUGGUCCUGAGAACUUUCACAGGCGGCGGGCUAUAUGGCUUGUUGUUAAUAAAGAUGAAAAGGUGGAGACUGCUGUGGAACUACCACAGCCAUCAGCGACUGGAGGCAGUGGUCCUUCACAAGAAGAGCCCAACAUUUCUAAGUUUGUGGUUAUGUCCAGCCCAGAAUUCAUUGUUUAUUCAGACAGUGAACUUGAACAAGUGCGACGCUCCUACUUCGAGCAGAAACGGAUGGGGACUGAGAGCGUUGUGGUUUUAUCCAAGGAGCUCUUCUGCCGGCUCAUCAGAAACACUAUUUGUAAUAUGAUUUCCAUUGCAAGAGCCACAGAAGAUGCCAGAUACCCCACCAAACCAGAGGUCAAUGCCAUGGCAAAGCGAUUGGUGGAGUAUUAUCCAAUGGUAAAAGACUGGGAGCAUGUUGCCAAAAAGAUGAUAAAGAGGUUAUCAAAUGUAAAAAGCCCAAAGAAGGCCAAUCCUCCUGCAAAGAAACAACGGCGGGAAUGUGGAGAAAUAUCAACUAGUGACUACGACGGGGAUUCGAGUGCUUCUACGGUCAUUCUUCAUCGGUCGCCAGUCAGAGCCAGUACCCCAGUGCAAGACCUGGAUAGCAGUGAUGAAUGUGGUUCCGGUGACGUCUUGGACAGCCAGAAAACCCAGGCAAGGCACUACAAGACACUCCAAGAGAUAUGCCGGUCCAAGAAGCCAAACAAAGCUUCAGUAACCCAUCUGCUGAACUUGGAGUUUGAGUCGAGAAGACUCUUUAUAACCUCUGACACUCUAAAGGAGCAAGACCGACCCAGCAAGAUUCUGGAGGCAUAUUCUUGUUUCAAAGACUUGGAUCAUGUCUUAGAUGAGUUGCAAAGGAUACUACAGCCAAACAAUGCCCACUACGUCUCAGAGAUGCGGAAUAGAUGGAAAGACUUCUAUUCAAAGGUCCAAUUUUAUGGGGCGAUGAAGAAAGUGAUUAAACCCCCUAAAACGUUGGAUGGAGUGGAACAUGCCACUGCUGUGUUCAGAGCCCUGCCACUGCUCUUUCCAUCCAGCACUUUGCCACCUAAGAAGCUAGGCGAAAGCAGCGAGGCUGUUUUCCAUGUCCUUACGGCUUCAGAGGACCCUGAUGCAUACUUGAGCAAGCGACCCCUGUCUUGUCCAGUUUUACUCGUCUGUGAGGACAACUGCAUGAUCGCCAUUGGAAACACACCAGUGACAACCUUUGACACGAAGAAGGUGGAUGAAGGCCUGCUCUACCUCUUGGGGUAUUACUAUUGCCUGCACCUCACUUAUCCAAAGUCCAUUUCCACCAUGCUCUCAGUAUUGCAAACUGAGGUUCUCCAGGACUCCCUGCAUGACCAAGAUUCAACUGCUUCCUACAAAAAAGCCAUUGCCGAGUGGAGGUCCUUCCUUGAGUGAUUGACUGAUAUCUCUAAGAAAAUGUUUUUCAGUUUGAGAGAGUCAGACCCAUUCUAGCCACAUGUUUGUUGAUGUCAUUGGUGGUCCAUCAUUGAGUAAGUGCGUCACUGGUUUCUUUUCGAGAAAGAUACAACGUGUUUGUUGCUGUCAUUUCAAAUAUUCUUACCAGCAGCUGGAAUGGAAGUGUUUUUUGUUUUUUAAAUUAUUUUAACUGUGUUCUGCUGCUUGAAUACCUGCAUAUUUUCAAAUUAUUUGGUCUUUGUGACUAUGAAAGUCUUGGUUCUGUACUCAUUGCAGUGAGUGGAUUAAUGGAUGCAGUGCAUGUUGUUAAGAAAGAAAAAACGUUCAAAUUGCGUUGAAGCGUUGAUUAAAACAUCUCUUAAUA